UUGUUUCUUUCGAAUUGUAUGGGCUGUAGAAUUUUGUUCCUGGUGGUCAUGUGAUUUUGAUCAGCCUAGUUAGCUAACUGAUAAAAGUCAACAUUUCAUUCUGUAGUAGGUACAUUUUGUCGACUUUGCACAAUAAGAGUUAGACUAUAACUUACAAUAAUGCUGUUGGUGUUAUCUGACGAACAUAAGGAGCACCUGGGGUUUCUGCCAGAGGUGGACUCUGCGGUGGUUGCUGAAUUUGGACGAAUAGCGGUUGAGUUCCUGCGAAAGGGAACAAACCCUAAGAUCUAUGAGGGGGCUGCCAGGAAGCUGAGUGUUGACGCAGAGACCGUACAGCAUGGUGUGGAGGGACUCAUGUACCUGCUCACCGAGAGCUCCAAACUCAUGAUCUCUGAGGUGGACUUUCAGGACUCAGUGCUGGUGCUGGGCUUCACCGAGGAGCUGAACCACCUGCUGCAGCAGCUCUACCUGGAAAACAGGAAGGAGAUCCGACACAUCCUGGGUGAACUCACCCCCUCACUGCCACACUACCACAACCUGGAGUGGAGGCUGGACGUUCAGCUGGCUAGUCGUGCCCUCCGGCAGCAGGUUAAGCCUACAGUGACUAUGAAGCUGCACCUGGAGGAGAGUGGAGGUGAUAAGAGUGCUAAGGUACUACAGACUGACCCUGCCACCCUGAUGCACCUCAUCCAGGAGCUGGAGAAGGCCCUAGCUGAGCUCAAGACCACACAUUGCCGCAGGAUCCUACGCAACAUCAAAUAGGGACCUCCGACUGACACAACUAUUGUCCGUUAUUGAACUGGGACAUCACUAAUCUGGACGCGUGCAACAUCAAAUCCGUUGGACACAGAUUCCUGUGCAACAUCAAACAGGGUUCUAUUCCUUGACCCCGGAACCCUAUGUAAGAGCAAAUAGGGUCCCCCCUGACAUGAAAUUAUUUCUCAACUUUGAAUUGAGCUCUGCCAGCAGAGGGCGCUACAGCUUACCCUGCAUCAGGAAUAGCAGGGAUAGGAGAUGGGCCACUAUCACAUAUGCUUAUGUCUCCUUGUCUCCUUUUUUACUUUCUGUUUGGAUCAAGACCCGUAGCCACGGAGUGUCUUGGAGUAUCUAGGAUCAGUUUAGCCUUUUUAGAUCAUAAUGAAUCAGAUUUAUAUGGACAGAUCCUAGAUCAGCUCUCACCUACUCUGAGACGCUUUGUGGACACAGGCCCUGGGAGAGCUGAUCAGGAAAAGUGAAAUAAAAAUGGCAGAGGCCACCUGGGGUAUGCUAUCACCUGUGCAGUUUUAUUCCGAUCAGGGAGGGAGAUGAUGCCACACUAAGGUGUUGAGAUGUAGACAUGUAAAGGCAUUGCAAUUCUAAUUCACUUAGCUAAUGGCAAUCACAAUAACCAGAUCAGAAUUAGGUGGGAGGUUAUUUUGGGCAUUUCUAAUGUUGAAUGUUGAGGUUACUGAUGGAUAUUUUCUAACCUUGUGGAAACACAGCACUUGGCAAAAGCCCUCAGUUGUAAUCAUGCAGUGCUUUUGCAUUCAAUUUCUUUGAUCAUUGAAUUUGUUCACCUUCACAUGUAAAAGUGUUAAUUGUAUUUUAUAUCACGUUUUUUGUGCUAACUUUUGAUUCUUUUGAAUCCUUGAUUCUUUUCACGGACCAAUUGACCCUUUGCUAAGCCCUGCCCCAGAAUGUUGGGCAACCAAUCGCAUCACUCAACUGGAUAGCAACUGUCAUCAUGUCCGACUCGGACAAGCUCCGGUUUAAAUCACAUGAAAUCCAGUGAGGACUAUGGGGAAAAAACUAACAGGUUUCUUUAAAAACAACAUUUUGCCAAAAUGGCUAAAUAACUUAACAGUGCAGCAGGAGUACUUGAUACUGUGAUUCCUGAAAUACAGAGCCUGUUGAUGGAGUAUUUUUCAAAUCUGAAAUUAUACUAAUAACAUUGCCAGUUCAGCUGGGUAGCAAACUUUGUCUCAUUGGUCACCCAAAAUGUAGCUGACGCUAGCUAGCUAGCCAGCCACUUAAUAUAACUUGUUUUCUCAAUGUAUGUUAGCUAGCUAAUUUAUCAAUGUUAUGAAUACAACUCCUUCCUAUCUGGUCUCGACAUCAGGAUAUGAUUUGAAAGCGCUAGUUGGCUCCAAAGCACUGGAAAAUGUUUUUCGAUGUUGCAACAGUAACCAAGGAGGGGGCGGGCAUAGAGAAGGGUCACUUAUGGAGGAGGACGGUGAGAGAACACUGCACUGUAUAAUGUAGCGGAUUCAGAAUGUGUUCUUUCUGUUAUACAUCAAGUGUUAAUUUUUUUGUUUUAAUUCUGCAUGUCUGACUAAUGUAUUCUUCUAGGAUUUCUGAUUAUAUUUGAGUGGCUGAAUGUUACUUUGAAUUUUAUAAAGCAAAGAAGUUAAAAUGUU